UUCCAGAAGGAUCCAAAUGUAAGCCCUCUUUUCUGGUUCUAUCUGUAUAUAAAGGCAGGUUGUGGCCACAUAGAACAACUCAACUCUUUGACAACUCCUCUCUACUUUUGGAUCUUUGCACAGCCUUCUUUUAACCCCCUCCACUGCACUUCUUCUCAAACACUCUUUCAAAGGGUGUCCAAAGAAAAAAAAAAGGCUUAAAAUUGGACCAAGACUGACCAAGCAACAACAAUCUGAGAAGUUAUGGAUAUUGCCAUCCAGUACCCGUGGUUCAGACGUGCCCUGAGCUACCCCUCUCGCCUCUUUGACCAGUUCUUUGGAGAAGGUCUGUUCGAUCAUGACCUUUUCCCCUUUUCUGCCUCCACCAUCAGCCCUUACUACCGCCACUCCCUCUUCCGCAGUUUCCUGGACUCCUCCAACUCUGGCAUCUCUGAGGUGAGGUCUGACAGGGACAGGUUCAUGGUUUUCCUGGAUGUGAAGCACUUCUCCCCUGAGGAGCUCAACGUAAAGGUGGUAGAAGACUAUGUGGAGAUUCACGGCAAGCAUUCAGAGAGACAGGACGACCAUGGCUACAUCUCACGAGAGUUCCACCGCCGCUACCGUCUACCCUCCAACGUUGAUCAGUCAGCCAUCACCUGUUCGCUUUCAGGUGAUGGCCUGCUCAACAUCUGUGGCCCAAAAACAAGUGGCUCAGAAUAUGGGCGUGGGGAUCGCACCAUUCCUGUCACCCACGAUGACAAACCCAAUCCUACCCCUUCCUCUUAG